ACCAGAAGAAGAAGAAGAAGAACGGAGAUGACGUUGAGCGGCUCUUUAUGGGUAGAACCAUAAACGGGCGGCGUUGUUACAGCAUCUGCCAUUUUGAUUAGAAAUAACUACUUCAGUAGAUAUCGUAGUACUUUAAAUUAAGACUACACUCUUGUAGGCAAAAUGCUUUCAGCAGCCCAGCUACUCGAUGAGUUAAUGGGCCGAGAUAGAAAUUUGGCCCCUGACGAGAAGCGAUGCAACGUGCGAUGGGACGACGAGACCAAAGUAUGUCGGUACUACCUGUGUGGCUUCUGCCCAGCGGAGCUAUUCACAAACACCCGCUCUGACUUAGGCCCUUGUGAGAAAAUCCACGAUGAGAAUCUUAGAAUAACCUAUGAGAAAAGCUCUCGCUUCAUGAAGGAGGGCUAUGAGCGCGACUUCCUGCGCUAUCUGCAGUCGCUCCUGGCAGAGGUGGAGCGGAGGAUUCGCAGAGGGCACGCCCGGCUUGCACUUUCCCAGGCCCAGCAGAACGCAGGGGGUCCUGGUCCAUCAGGAAAGAAUGAGGAGAAGGGCCAGGUUCUAACGGAGAAGAUCGAAGACCUAGUGAUGCAGAUUGAGGAGCUGGGGUCGGAGGGCAGAGUGGAGGAGGCCCAGGGAAUGAUGAAGCUGGUGGAGCAGCUGAAGGAGGAGAGGGAGCUGCUCAGCUCCACCCCCUCGACCAUCGAGAGCUUUGCAGCCCAGGAGAAACAGAUGGAGGUGUGUGAGGUGUGUGGGGCGUUUCUCAUUGUGGGUGACGCACAGUCCCGAGUGGAUGACCAUCUGAUGGGCAAGCAACACAUGGGCUAUGCCAAGAUCAAAUCCACCGUGGAGGAGCUCAAGGAGAAACUACGUCGUCGCUCAGAGGAACCCCAAGAUGAAAGCCCAGCGCUCAAGAAGGACCGAGAAGACCGCGAGCGUGAGAGGGAGGAACGGGAGAAAAAGCGCAAAGAGGAGGAAGAGAAGGAGAAGGAGCGCGAGAAGGAGCGUGAAAAGGAGAAGGAGCGAGAGAAGGAGCGUGAACGGGAGAGAGACAGAGAGCGGGACCGAGAUAGAGACCGGGAGAGGGACCGGAGGACUCGCCGAAGCGCCUCGAACAGCCGCCACUCCAGUCGAGCAUCCGACCGGAAAAGGAGCCGAUCCCGAGAUCGCCGGCGGUCCAGAAGCAGAGACAAAGACAGGGAACGGGAGCGCAAACGCAGCAGGAGCCGAGACAGAGACCGGGAGAGGAGGCGCAGCCGCGAGCGCGUUGACAGAAAGCGUCGCUCCCGCAGUCGUGACCGGAAGAGGUCGCGUAGCUCUGAGCGCAAACCUCACCGCCAUCGCAGCCGCAGCAAGGACAAGGACAAGGACAAGGACCGGGAGGAGAAGAGAGACCGGGACAGAGAGCGGUCAUCGAAAGACAAAGACCGUAAGGUGACGGAGGAGAGGAGCAGCUCUAAGAAAGAGAAGCACUCUAGCGGUGAUGCAGCUGCCAUCAAGGCUUCGUCAGAAGCGGAACCGAUGGAGACGGAGGCGGCCGCCUCUGCCUCCCCUCGGCUUAACGGCCAACAAGAGCUCCUCCAUUCUGAAGGUGACACUCAGUCCAAUUAAAACUGAUCUGAUAGGACCUCAGAUCAGGCUCAGGUAAGUGAGUCCUCCUCCUCGCUCCCCCCUGGCUCUCAACCCAACCCCUCCACCCUCCCAAGCCCCCAUCUCCCCUCCCUCCCCCCUCCCCUCCCUGUUUACGUUCAGUUCAAUGCCUAUGAUUUUGUCUUAUGUACUAUGUGCAUAUAUAUCUUUAUCCUGUUUUUGAAUAGUGCAUCAUAAGUAUGCACUGAAGAUGAAGGACUAGGCCCGAUGAGUGAGAAGAAGGUAGAAAGCAAUCACACAAACCCAAGAGGGAAAGGCCAGAGUAGCCCUGAGCAAACAGGCCGGAGGUACCCCUCGUUUUGUAUCGCUGUCUCAUACUUCUAGAUGUUUGUCUUUGUGGACAAAAUGGCAGAAAACAUAUUAACCCGUCCAAUCAAAGUCCUGCCUGUAUUGACCUGUUUGUUUCUUUUUCUUUUGUUUAUUUUUAAGUAGGAAAAUGAAGUAAUUUUGAUUUACUGAGAGAUUGCACUCACUAUAGGAAGAAACUUCAGCCACUGUGUGUUUACAUGUUGUGUGUAUGUAUAUAUACACACACAUGUAUGUAUAUGUAUAUACACACAUGUAUAUGUGUAUAAACAUGGAGAUGUCCCCCGCUCACAUGUAAACACACAGACAUACUUUCAGCUCUAGUCAAAGGUGUAUGUGGAAGAACAAGCCAUUUUUUGCCGUAACCAUAACUCGCAUAUAAUGGGUUUGUUGUCCAGCUUCCUGUGCCUGAUGAUGCCAUGCAGUGUGUGUUUGGGGGGGUGUCAUAGCAACGGGGGCCUUACGUAACUAACUAACUGGAGGGUAGGGUUUAUCAAAUGAAUUGCAGCUGACUUCCAUACCUCACACAGCGUUGGUGUUGUGAGCGAGACCACAUGAGAAAAGGGCAAAUUAAAAAUCAUGGAUACUCUGACUGUCAAACUGUGCAGGUACUCACCCCAGGUACUCCUUUCUCUACCCACAUCCAUUUCUGAAUGCUGUUGCCUGUCAGAAAAAAAACAAAAAACAAUUCUGUACUUCUCCACAACAUGAACUUGGAAGCUUGAAUGUGUAUAUCUUUUUAUUAUUGUGGUUCUUUUGUAACUUUCAGAUAUGUUUGGGGGGGAAAAGGUCAUUUUCUAGAAAUGUCAGUGACGCACAGACGGCCUGCUUGAUGUACUUAUGCAAAAUGCUAAAGUUGUCACUUAAGUGUAGAUUUCCCCAUACAAAGUGGUCAGGACUUAAGCUUUGUUAGGAUGUUUUUAACGUCAUUGAAUCUGCUUAAAAAUAUGUCCCGUGCACUUUAGCAUUGGCGUAAAGAAUCUCAAACAGGUUUGUCUCUGUUUUUAAAACAUUAGGGUCUAAGGUGGUGAUAGAUGGAUUUAUCAGAUACUACAGAUAAAUAAACUGACAAAUAAUUACAAUAUGUUCUGGCCAAAUUACAUUUGUGCAUUAUUAUUAUUAUUAUAUGUUUAUGAUCUACUCUUUCCUCUGUGGCUAAAUUGAGGGCUAUAUUUCCCCAGUAGUUCUUAUGUAGAUGCUAUUGUUGCUCCAGUAGCAGCAGUUGUUGCUCGUUGCUACAAGUACUUGUUGUGGGACCUUUGCUGACAUUGCAUUUUGUGAACAUUUUUGCUCAACAGGGGAAGCUGGGCGAUCUGGCGGAGGAAGAA